CGAGUGCAACAUCGUGUUCCUCGUGCGCUUUAUACUGUCGCGUAAUCGAGCUCUAAUCGGAACGUUCUUCCGCGGGUGCAUUGUUAUUUCAUCAUCCCGUAAUUCCGUACUUUUCCUAGACGAUUCGAUCGGUUGCGGCAGCAUUCAGUGCAGUUAUACGUCUUGUUCGGGAGGAAGCAGCAAUUGAUUGAAAAUGUCGUGGUUAUUCGGGUACAAGAGCCAAGUACCGCAGGCGCCGCCACCGGGAGGCGAAGGUGGUGCCCCGCAGGAUCCUAGCUCGGCAGGCCAAGCUGCUGGCGAUGUGAAUCUUUCCAAGGCAGAAAGAAAGGCUAUGGAAGCAUACCGGUUCGAUUCGUCGGCUCUGGAGCGUGCUGCGGAAGCUGCCCGAACGCUGGAACGAUCGAAACAUGCUCGUGAAGCACUGGAGUUGUCGAAGUUACAAGAAGCAACUAGACAGCAGGAAUUCAUGACCAAGGCCAAGGAAUAUGAGGCACACAUCGAAGCUUCCAAGGUGGAACACAAACGCGUAGAUCAUGAGGAGCGACGUAAGACACUGGCCGAAGAAACGAAGCACCAGCAGCAGCGAGCACAGUAUCAGGAUCAAUUGGCUAGGAAACGAUACGAAGAACAAUUGGCCCAGCAACAACGGGUCCAGGAUGAAAAUCUCCGAAAGCAGGAGGAAAGUGUUGCAAAGCAGGAAGCGAUGCGUAGGCAAACUAUUGAACACGAAAUGCAACUAAGGGAGAAGAAUAAGAUGAAGCUACUGGAGGCGGAAUUGAGAGCUAAGGCAAAAGUUGAUCGUGAGAAUCGUGAUUUGACUUUGGAACAGAUUCGUCUCAAAGCGGAAGAGAAUCGCAUCACUGUCAUGGAAGGAAUCAAAACAGCUGGUUCCGUGCUAGGACAAGGUGCGACCGCUUUGCUUACGGAUUGGAAUAAGGUGGUCACAACUGUCGGAGGGUUGUCGCUACUCGCUCUUGGAGUAUAUUCUGCCAAAGGUGCAACGGGUGUCACUGCUCGUUUCGUGGAGGCAAGAAUUGGUAAGCCUUCGUUGGUGAAUGAAACAUCCCGGUUCUCACUCUUGGAGGCCGUUCGUCAUCCAAUUAAGACAUUUAACCGCUUUAAGACUAAGCCAACAGAUGCUCUGCAAGGUGUCGUUCUUCAACCGAAGCUGGAAGAACGUCUGAGAGAUAUCGCCAUUGCAACCAAGAAUACGAAAACUAACAAUGGACUUUUCCGCAACAUCCUUUUCCAUGGCCCGCCCGGAACGGGAAAGACCAUGUUUGCCAAGAAGCUUGCUACCCAUUCGGGUAUGGAUUAUGCCAUCAUGACCGGUGGUGACGUGGGUCCAAUGGGACGCGAUGCCGUCACAGCCAUUCACAAAGUGUUCGAUUGGGCUAACACAAGUCGUCGUGGGCUGUUGCUCUUUAUCGACGAAGCGGAUGCCUUCUUGAGGAAACGAUCAUCCGAGCAGAUUUCCGAGGAACUGCGGUCGGCUUUGAAUGCUUUCCUCUACAGGACUGGUGAGCAGAAUCCACGUUUCAUGCUGGUCCUCGCGUCGAAUACACCGGAACAAUUCGAUUAUGCCAUCAACGAUCGUUUGGACGAGAUGGUUGAAUUCGUUUUGCCCGGAAUUGAGGAACGCGAGCGUUUGAUUCGGUUGUAUUUUGACAAAUUUGUGCUGCAACCGGCUUCCGAAGGAAAGAAACGUUUUAAGGUGGAGCAAUGGGACUACAGUGCCGUGUGUAGUCAAAUGGCUGAAUUGUGCAAAGGAAUGUCCGGUCGUGAGAUUUCAAAACUGGGCGUCUCAUGGCAGGCUGCAUGUUACGCCUCGGAACAAGGUGUACUCACCGAAAAGAUGGUUCUGGACCGAUGUGAAGCAGCCGUCAGACAGCAUAGGCAGAAGAUGGCGUGGUUAUCGGAGCACGAAAAACUAGAUCACAAAUCCGUUACUGGUGGAAAGGGUUUUAUAAUGUAACGAUAAGGUAAAUCACAGGUUCUUUUUCUCGGUAGAGUUUAAUUAUCGGAAUACUAGCUCCAGUAGUUCUUAGAGAUUGUUUUUCAAUUCAAUGAGCUGGUCUCAUUUUCCUCGGAAGUUGCCAAAAGUCACUCUUCUCAUAGCUGAGAUUGUUGUUGUAUUCAGCUUCGGAAGUGUGAUUUUAUGCACUCCCCCAAAAAAAAAGGAACAGCCGACCAGUUCUAUUGGAACGAGUUAUGUAUAUUAUUCAAAGUAAACAGAGACAUUGAAGCAAGAACCAGCGCUUUCAAGGUGAGACCGUUCAUCUCAGGGAAAUUUAUAUUAAACUUCUUCGAACGGUCAUGGCCAAACCUUGCGAGAAUUAUGAUCGCAGACGAAAUGAAACUUUUAAAUGCAUUUAGGCUACUCACGUGCAUUGUCCCAACUGGAAUGUGUUCAACGACGGCAGUUAACGCUUGCUUCUGCUCAAUAUUAUCAUUUUGUAACAGUUUUGAGCAAUUUAGAAACUAAUUUUCGUUUCAUGUGGGAUAACUUUUUGCUAGAAAAAUCUUGUUCUAUAGUUGCGGAGAUGUGAUUGAGUUGAAGAUCCAAAAAGUUAUAUAAAUUAAAG